CCUCUGGCUCUACGGUAAAUAUGCACCCGAAACAUACCUCUAUAAUAAAUUAAAGUCCGAUCGUCUUCAAAACCAAUUGACCGUAACGAAUUAAUAGAAUCAAAUUAUUAUAAUAGAAACGCUUUCGAGUGUGAAAGUAUAGGCACCACCUAUCCUCUUAUACAUCGUUACACAUUAAUGAAAACUAAACAAGAAAUGUAAAUCAUCGUUACAUAUUUCAACGAUUUGGCUAUAUUCCUACCAAGAUGUCGCAGACGAACGAGAAAGUUUGAAUUAUGUAUCAUCACUGCCCAGGUGUGGUUUACUAUAAAAGUCCGAGAUUUUUUUGGAUCAUUAUCAUUUCAUCUUUCUCCACUUUCGAGUACUGAGCAACAAGAUGAUAGCUCUACUGAUAUCCGCAUUGGCCCUUACAAACGUGGCAAAUUGCGGCGUAGUUAAAGAGGACGUCGCUGGGCUCAGUCCACCACUGCACACCAGCGCUUACGCCACUGGAUACAGCUACCCAAAACCAACAACCACAGUCAUCUCUCAGAGCAGCCCUAGCGUAGUUGUCCAACAAUCACACAUCCCAUCGUCGUCAGUCCUCAAUUCUGGAUCAAGCCUGCUGUCUUCUGUGCAUAACUAUCCAUCAAUCAUAUCAGGAUCCAACUCCCACUAUGUGUCAUCUGGACCACAACUCGUUUCUGUUUCCUCUGGAUUGAACUCCUUGAGUGGUCUGAACGGCCUAUCAUCUUACGGAUCAUCUUAUGGAUCAUUGGGAGGUUACGGAGGAUUGAGUGGAUUAUCCUUGAACAACCUCGGUUUGGGUUUGAGUGGUCUCAGCGGCUAUGGUCUUGGAGGAUACAACGGUUUGUCUUUGUCCAAUGGUAACGGUUUGGGUCUUGCAUUCGGUAACGGUUUGAGCUACGGAGGUGUGAACAACUUGGCUCUCGUAUCAGGAAACGCCAACACCAAUACUUACUCCCAGCAGAUCCGUCAAAUUCCAGUACCAGUACCUCAACCCUACCCCGUCGUAUCCAACAACCCUGUUCCUGUACCUGUAGCUGUACCUCACCCCGUUGCUGUUAACCGUCCAGUUCAAGUAGAUGUGCCACACCCAGUCAAUGUAUACGUUUCGAGGCCAGUACCUGUAGCUGUUCCAAGACCAGUACCAGUAGCAGUCAGAACUCCAAUCUACGUCAGAGUACCUCAGCCCGUCCCUGUUGAUGUCCCCAGGCCAUACCCAGUUGUUAAACAAGUCAAUGUACCAGUAUCCGUACCUCAACCAAUCGUAGUCAAGGAACCAGUAGCAGUAAAGCACGUGCACUUGAACAAUGUUGGAUCAUCGUUGGCUUCUAACAACUACGCCAACUCCAUCUCUUACGGAAACAGUCUUGGUAGCUCUUUGGGUUACUCCAACAGUCUUGGUGGCUCUUUGGGUUACUCCAACAAUCUUGGUAGCUCUUUAGGUUACUCCAACAGUCUUGGUAGCUCUUCGGGUUACUCCAACAGUCUUGGAUCGUCCCUUUCGGGAGGACAAUCGCUUAUAUCUGGAGUUUCAGGCGGCAACAAUGUUUACGUUUCCUCUGGUAACUACAAUGGAGGCUUGAAUGAUCACCUUAGUUCAUCUCAGUCUUUGAGUUCUGGCAGCUACAGUGGCAACAGUGGACAUCACCACCAUCAUUAAGCAUUAGUCAAAAUUUUU